GGUGCUGCGUAGAUUCAGAGAGAGAGAGAGGGGCUAAAACGCCGACACCCGAAACGAUCUGUGUUUCUUACAUUUCCUCUUAAUGACGACAAGUUUCAAAACUAUUUGACCGAAGAGUGUCAAGCGAAAGUCAGGCUGUGGGUCUUACAUCAACCGGAGCGUUCAGCCGUGUCGGAUAAUUAGUUGUUUUCUGAGUUUUGACAGAGGUCGUCUCUGCUGAGCGAAACAACCGCUCCAGAGCACCGUUUGGAUUAUUAUUCAGUGGACGUGUUCAGGACUAAACACUGCUACACUCCGUCUAAUAAGGACUUGUUCUGAAAGUUUGAACUGCUGUCAAAGCUCACUUCUUCGUGUCCUUUAGGUAUGCCUGUGGUCGUCAGUGUGUCCCCAGACAGGUAACCAGCUGUGUUGCUGCUGUCAUGGCCUUUCUGACCCUGCAGCUGGUUUCUGUCACUGUGCUCACAGUCCUGGUGGUGCUGGUGUCAUCUUCAGAGGACCAUGAGUGGCACUUUAACCCAGCUCAUUGUCGUUACGCCCUGGGAAUGGAGGAUGGCACCAUCCCAGACUCUGACAUCACAGCCUCCAGCGCCUGGUCUGACUCCACUGAGGCCAAACAUGGAAGGUUGAGCACUGGAGAGGGAGAUGGAGCAUGGUGUCCUGCAGGACCAGUUUUCCCUGGCGGAUCAGAAUAUCUUCAGGUAGAUCUGCAUAAACUUCAUUUCCUGGCUCUGGUAGGCACCCAGGGUCGUCAUGCCGAUGGUCAUGGUCAGGAGUUUGCUCGCAGUUACCGGCUCCGCUACUCCAGGGAUGGAGUGAAAUGGAUCACCUGGAAGGACCGUUGGAGCCAGGAAGUGGUGUCAGGGAAUGAGAACACCUAUGAUGUUGUGCUUAAAGACCUGGGCCCCCCCAUUGUAGCCCGCAUGGUGCGAUUCUACCCCCUGGCUGACCGAGUUAUGAGUGUUUGCCUUCGGGUGGAGCUCUAUGGUUGUGUAUGGAAUGAUGGGCUGAAAGCUUACACAGCCCCACUGGGCAACGUCAUGCACCUAUCUGGCAUGCCCAUCUAUCUGAACGACUCUACCUACGAUGGAAGCACUGAACAAGGGAUGCAGUUUGGAGGCCUGGGUCAGCUCUGUGACGGUGUCCUAGGAGGAGAUGACUUCAUACAAACUAAAGAGCUGAGGGUGUGGCCUGGGUAUGACUACCUUGGAUGGAGCCGGGAAGCCCUCGGGCAAGGCAGCGUGGACAUUGAGUUUCACUUCGAGAAACCACGUAUCUUCCACAAAAUGCAGGUGCACAGUAACAACCGCCACACCCAGGGUGUGCGGGUCUUCAGCAAGGUAGAGUGUCUUUUUAAACCGAGCAUCCUCCAGCCCUGGUCCUCUCCUACCCUGACUCUUCCUGUGCCUCUCGAGGAUCUAAAGGACCCCUCCUCACGACCCAUCUCCCUCCCUCUGGGUGCCCGGCCAGCUCAGAUCCUCCGCUGUAAAUUCUUCUUUGCUGAUCGAUGGCUGCUCAUCAGCGAGAUAUCAUUCCUCUCUGAGUCUUUCGAGGAGGAUGCCUCAGAGAUGGAUUCAUUUCCUUCUAAUCGUCCCAAGAUUCCUACCACCACUUCCCCUUCGCCCACUCCUCUCAACCACACCUCCUCUUCUCCCACAUCGGGUCGCAGCUCCUCCAACACCACUGUCGGCCCAUCUGAACCCCUCACCUCAACCCCAUCCUUCAUGACGGACACCACCGAUAACUGGACGCUGUCAGAUCCAGAAUUUUCUGCAAAGACACCGAGGGCGGGGCUUCCAGUGGCCAAGGAUGACAGCAGUAAUACUGCGAUUCUGAUUGGCUGCCUUGUUGGCAUCAUUCUUCUGCUGCUGGCUGUGAUAGCGGUCAUUUUGUGGAGACAGUACUGGAAAAAGAUACUUGGCAAAGCACAGGGAAGUCUUUCCAGUGAUGAGCUGCGGGUCCACCUGUCUGUCCCCUCCGACAAUGUGGUCAUCAACAACACACAUAGCUACUCCAGUCGUUAUCAGCGAAUCCACACAUUCCCAGACGACCGUGACCACGACAGGGAGGGAGAAGGAGAGUACCAGGAGCCGAGCGUUCUGCUGCGGCCGAGGGAUCAGAGGGACAGCACAGCCUUGCUGUUAAAAAACAACCCAGCAUAUGACCUGCUCCUGUCAGAUCACAGAAAAGGCGCAAGAUCCCUGGUAGUCCCCGGCACCUCGCAGGCUCAGGAAAAGAGUCUCAAUGUGCCCCAGGCUUGUGGUUUGGACUUGGAUAUGGAGAAAGGUUUCCCCCCAACACAAGAAGAGCCUCCUCCCUACCCUGGCUCCCCUCCUUACCCCUCCCUGUCUCCCCCCGUGUCUCCCCCGCUGCCUCCCAGCGUUCCUCACUACGCUGAGGCAGACAUUGUGAGCCUGCAGGGUGUCAGCGGGAACAACACCUAUGCAGUGCCUGCCUUGGCUUCCGCAAGCCCGGGGGCCGAUGCCACCCCUCUUCCAGAGCUGCCACGCCAGUGUCUCAUCUUUAAGGAGAAACUGGGGGAAGGACAGUUUGGAGAGGUGCACCUGUGUGAAAUUGAGAGCCCUCAGGACCUUCCCAACUUGGAGUUCCCCUUCAAUGUGAGAAAAGGUCGCCCUCUGCUGGUGGCAGUGAAGAUACUGCGCCCAGACGCUUCUAAGAAUGCCAGGAACGAUUUUCUGAAAGAGGUUAAGAUCCUGUCUCGCCUGAAGGACCCAAAUAUCAUCCGUCUGCUGGGAGUGUGUGUGAGCAGUGAUCCCCUCUGCAUGGUCACUGAGUACAUGGAGUGUGGAGACUUGAACCAGUAUCUGUCUCACAGAGUGCUUCUGGACAAAACAGGGCCUUCACACAACACUCCAACCAUCAGUUACCCAGCCCUUAUCGCCAUGGCCAGCCAGAUUGCGUCAGGUAUGAAGUUCCUGUCCUCCCUAAACUUUGUGCACCGGGAUCUGGCCACCCGUAACUGUCUGGUCGGGGGUGAAAAGGGUGAGAGUGGAGAGGAUCGGGGUGGUGAGCGUCACAUCAAGAUAGCUGACUUUGGCAUGAGCAGGAACCUGUAUGCUGGAGAUUACUACAGGAUCCAGGGCAGAGCUGUGCUGCCAAUACGCUGGAUGGCCUGGGAGUGUAUACUCAUGGGGAAGUUUACCACAGCCAGUGACGUGUGGGCGUUUGGGGUCACUCUGUGGGAGAUGCUGAGCGUUUGUCAGGAGCAGCCGUACUCCAACCUCACAGAUGAACAAGUUAUUGACAACGCAGGGGAGUUCUUCAGAGACCAGGGCAGACAGGUGUAUCUGAGCAAGCCGGCCGUGUGUCCUCAAGGUCUCUACGAGCUCAUGUUGAGCUGCUGGAACAGAGACUGCAAGCUCCGCCCAUCCUUCGCCUACAUCCACUCCUUCCUCACUGAGGACGCCAUGAACAUGGUGUAAGGAGAGAAGCACAACGAGGACAAAGGAAACACUAUCGAGGGGGAAUAGCUCGUAUGUUUAUGCAACCUUGCUACAGGAAGGUGUGGUGGAGGUGCAGCAGAGCAGAGCAGGGGAGAGGGGAGAGUUGGUCGCUCGCUUUUAUAUUUGUACUUUUUGGGUGGAUGGGGCUGAGACACCGCUGGUUCGGUUUAUUUCCACAUCAGACCCUGACCCCCAAAGCCAAAAGUAAGCUUUUGAUAGGCAACAGUCCAGGCCACAUUUCACAGUGGUUGGUGGUGGGUGCAGUCUGCAUAGGAACUUUUGCUAUUCUCAGAUACUUAACAUGCAAGGAUUGUUUGUGUGACUGGUGACACGGAAAGUUGUAGAGGUUAAAUAGCUGGAAAAACUCAAAACAACGACCAUAGCAAGCUAGGAAAUGAACUGUAAUAAAGUUAAAUUACUUUUGUAUUUCAUCAUCUCAAAGGCUACAUGCAGGGUUAUGGGUGAAGGUGCACUUGUGCUACACAACUUCUGUCAACAGAACUCUUUUAAUUCACAUUUCACAUUUCAAUCAGAGUCAUUCACUAAGAUUCCUCAAAUUUUCAAACCCCUUCGCCAAAAUGAGACACAAUCAAAUGAUCGUUUUUUAGUCUUUGUGAAGACUUGACCUUUCAGACCUCAGUCCUGAUCCACAUCCACAGCUGUGACUCAAAGUUUACUGGAUUAACGUGAAUGAUCCUGACAAGACGAGGACAAACCCCUUUCUGCAAGUUUGAUCUCAACAACUGACCACCGUUGAAGUCAAAAGUCAACGUUUUUUCAACCCAAUCUCCAGAAAAACUGAACCCCUGGUGCCAAAUAGAUUCCUCAAACCUGACACAAGGCCACAAUGAAGAUGAGUCAACGGCUGCCACUGAGACGUGACCCACCAACUGGAGCGUCUUUUCCAAGCCAAGAGACAAUAAUGCCAGCCGGGGGGCAGUGCAUGCAACAUCUGCAGACAAGCCUGCUCGCUCAGAUAGGUGUUUUUGGCAACUAUGUGUCUGACUGUGAUCCAGAUACAAAGGAUAGAGGUAAAUUCCACAACCAGCUGCACUUUAAAUCCUACGUAUCCUGCAUAUCUCUGGCCACAAUGACACUCUUCUCUGCGAGGGGCCUGAUAUGAUUCCUGGAUUCCAACGCUUCAUACUCGCAGAAAUUUCAAAUAUUUGCCAAGGGAGUUGAAAUUCAGGACAGUCUCUGCCUUUUUAAAUCCCCCCCCCCCCCCCCCCCUGUGAGGCAUUGCCAAAACCAUUAGAUGUAAAAUAUUAUGUUUUAAAUAUGUGGAAUGGCACCAUCAGUUCAUCUCAUAUAAUAUGUAUGAAAACUUAUACUGAAACUUUCAGUCUGUUGAGACAUAUUUCCUCAUCAAUCAGAGUUCUUUGCUCACAUCACUGUAUCUUAGAGACAAACAGUUAAGGUAUGCUGAGUCCUGAUUAGAGUGUGAAUGCUAUAACCCUCUCUAUUAUCCCCUGUAAGUACUUUAAGCUGACUGGUAGAAUCAAUCCUCUACCUUACUGAUUGUAUAGCACUGUAAAUCAGUCCUGAGAUGAUCAUUAAGUAAUACAUGUUUACUGAUUGUGAAUGGUUCUGCCAUUUGAGUCACUUUGAUACACUGUAGCUCAGCUAAACCCAUAUUUUUAUAUAAACAUACUGUAUGUACUUUGACACUCCUCCGUGUCGGACUCUGUUCUUCUGUGUCUUUGAACUUGAUCAUUAUAGUAUGUACAUAUUUUAGGGACAGAAUUGUAAUUUCCAUCACUAAUAUAUGGAAAACUCUUUGUUACAUUUGGGGUCUUCUGUAUCUCUGUAGAACGCUUGCUACCUUGAUGCCAUUGUAAUUCAUUGUCUAUUUUUGUAGAUGUUUUAAUAAAGUUACCCUUUUGAAAAUA